AUGCCAGUCACGAAGAAGAAGGGCGCCAUCUUCGCCGUGUACGCGGACACGCCUCCGCGCUCUCUCUCCUCCUCUUCCUCAUCAUCCACAUCCUCCAAGCGCUCCUCAUCGCCCUCAAAAGCGAACGCGACUCGACGCGCACUCGCGCCCCUCCCCGCCGCAGCCGCCAAGACAGCAGCGCUCAAGCCGAAAGCCCUCGGUGCCGUCGGGGGCGUCGACGUGCCGAAGGAGAACCUCGUCAAGCCGAAACAGGGCGUGCUGGCCUCCAAACCAGCAGGCAAGCCGCUGGCUGCAAAGCCGUUGAGUUCCAAGCCGCUGAGCGCGAAGCCGCUGGCGAGCAAGCCGUUAGCGGGCAAGGGCAUGCCGCUGCGCGAACCCCUGCGCGCGUCAUCAGGCUCGCUCGCGCCGCAGCGAAGACUCGGCGCAGUCCCUACUUCUGCCGCUAAGCCGCUGCGAGCCGGAGGAGGUCGGACGUUCCAAAUCUUCACCGACGAGCCCGCAGCCCCCGCGGCGCCGACUACCGUCACCACCGCCAUCGCCUCCGCGCCCAAGCCGGCACGCGGAGAGGUCGAGGACAAGGAGAACGGCGCGCCGCGGCCCGCCCUCGCUACCAAGUCUAUUCGCGCCCCGCUCGGCGGCGUCACGAAGAAGAUGCCGACCAAGCGGCCACUGCAACAACGCACCAUCUCGGUGCUCCUCGACGCGAGCGAGGCAUACGGCGCAAACGGGGAGGAGCCGGCUGGGUUCCGUGAUGUUUUCGUCUAA